GUAUAUCAAUUCAUAUCAGUGUACUUUUGGCAACGUUGUAUUAAACGUAAACUUUUUGUUUUUAGAAUGUGUAAAUUGUUCUCCAAUUAUCCAUAUUUUUGGGUUUUUUUAUGAAAACGCAGCUGUUGACGUAAUCUUAACCAACACUCACAUUAUCAACGAUUAUUCAUCAAAACUAAAUUGCGCAAUAUUACAUAGCGUGUUGUAUCCCUGAUAUUAUAGAAUUUGUUUUGAUACUGAUAGGUGGUAAAGGUACAGACCAUUGGAUCUAACAAACCAGAAGAAUAUGGCUCCAAAAAGAGGUAAAGCUAAGGUGGCACCCGAAACAGAAUCGGGAGAUGAUUCAGACGAGUACAGGAAAAAGAGAGAUCGCAAUAACUUGGCUGUUAAAAGAAGUCGAAUUAAAUCCAAACAGAAAACACAAGAAACUGUCAAUAGAGUGACACAGUUAAAAAGUGAAAACACAGUGCUUGAAGAAAAGGUGAAAAAUUUAACUAAAGAACUUGGUUUUUUAAAAGAGCUGUUCCUUGCACAUGCUGGAAGUGCAGGUGACGCUUCUAAGUUUGAAGGGAUCGAUCUACAGAAGUUAUUGUCUGAUCCUUCAGAUGGUGCGAGUACUAGUAAUUCAUAAGAACGCUGGAUUCUUAGACGACUAAAGUGGGAUGGGCUAACCCUGCGAUGAACCGUACGUUAGAUGUCUCAACUACGAUACUAUUUCCCAAAUGGCGUAAUUGAACUCUCACCAAAUUAGGAAUAUGUGGUUUAUAUAGUACAAAUAGGGAUGGUUUUAAGAAGAAAUAUACGAUUUAUUGCAUAUAUGUAACACCAAUAUUUUUAUAUAAGCAAACAAUACUUCUGUAAAAUCUAUAAACGUGCAUAAUAAAAACUAUUUGCAAAGAUUAAUCUUAUGCCAGUACAGUAAGUACAGUCGUAGUAUAGUCAGAUUGAGCCUGCUGUAUUAAUAGUCUUGUGUUCAAUUUGAGUUUAUUGUUUGUCGAGUUUAAUAAAUUGUUAAUUCGA